AUGGCAAACUUGGCAAAAUUGGAAUUUGCUGCCUUGGACAUUUCUGGGGACAACUAUCUAUCAUGGGUCAUGGAUGCCAAGAUCCAUCUGCGUGCCAAUGGCCUUGGAAAAACAAUUGUAGAUGGAAGUGAUGCAUCACCUGAGGAAAACGCAAAGGCUAUGAUUUUUCUUUGUCAUCACAUUCAUGAAGCGUUGAAAAGCGAAUAUGUGAUGGUCGAUGAACCAUUGGUUCUGUGGAAAGCCUUAUGUGAAAGAUACAAUAACCAGAAGACGGUGACCCUCCCAAGAGCCAGAUAUGAGUGGACACACUUGAUAUUCCAAUAUUUCAAGUCAGUAUCUGAGUACAACUCAGCAAUGCACAGAAUCACCUCCCUGAUGAAAUUAUGUGGUGAAAAUAUCUCUUAA